GAGCCGCGGGGGCCCCGGCGCGGCGCUCGCCCUCCUGCGCGCCCUCCGCACUAGGAUGUUGCGGCAGGUCUUGCACAGGGGGCUGGGGACGUCCUUCUCCCGGCUCGGCCACUUCGUCGCCAGCCACCCGGUGUUCUUCGCUUCGGCGCCCGUGCUCAUCUCCAUCCUGCUGGGCGCCAGCUUCAGCCGCUACCAGGUGGAGGAGAGCGUGGAGCACCUCCUGGCCCCCACCCACAGCCUGGCCAAGAUCGAGCGGAACCUGGUGGACAGCCUCUUCCCGGUGAACCGCUCCAAGCACCGGCUCUACUCCGACCUGCAGACGCCGGGGCGCUACGGCCGGGUGAUCAUCACCUCCUUCCGCAAGGCCAACAUGCUGGACCAGCACCACACCGAUCUCAUCCUCAAGUUGCACUCUGCUGUGACCAGGAUCCAAGUGCAAAGACCUGGUUUCAAUUACACGUUUGCCCAUAUAUGUAUCCUGAACAAUGACAAGACAUGCAUAGUGGACGACAUAGUGCAUGUGCUGGAGGAAUUAAAGGCUGCUCGUUCUUCUAAUCGAACUAAUUUUGCAAUCACUUAUCCGAUUACUCACUUAAAGGAUGGCAGGGAAGUGUAUAAUGGGCAUCAGCUUGGUGGGGUUACUGUGCACAGCAAAGACCGGGUGAAGUCUGCAGAAGCCAUUCAGCUCACCUACUACUUGCAGGCAAUCAACUCCUUGAAUGACAUGGUGGCAGAAAAGUGGGAAUCCAUUUUUUGUGACACUGUUGAACUUUUCCAGAAAUCCAACAGGAAAGUCAAAAUGUAUCCUUUCACUUCUUCUUCGCUGAAGGAGGAUUUCCAGAAGACGAGCAGGGUGUCAGAACGCUACCUGAUCACAAGCUUGGUCCUUGUGGUCACCUUGGCCAUUCUCUGCUGCUCCAUGCAGGAUUGUGUCCGCAGCAAACCCUGGCUUGGCCUGCUGGGAUUGCUGACCGUGACCCUUGCCACCCUGACUGCAGCCGGGAUCAUCAAUCUCACUGGUGGGAAAUACAAUUCCACCUUCCUGGGGAUCCCCUUCGUCAUGUUAGGUCAUGGGUUAUAUGGGACUUUUGAAAUGUUGUCCUCCUGGAGAAAAACUAGAGAAGACCAACAUGUUAAAGAGAGGACUGCAGCCGUAUUUGCAGACUCCAUGCUCUCGUUUUCCCUCACCACUGCCAUGUACCUGGUCACUUUUGGAAUAGGUGCCAGUCCCUUCACUAACAUUGAAGCAGCCAGGAUUUUCUGCUGCAAUUCCUGUAUUGCAAUUUUCUUCAACUACCUCUAUGUACUCUCCUUUUAUGGUUCCAGCCUGGUGUUUACUGGCUACAUAGAAAACAACUACCAGCAUAGUAUCUUCUGUAGAAAGGUACCAAAGCCAGAGGUAUUGCAAGAGAAGCCUGCAUGGUAUAGGUUUCUUCUGACAGCCAGAUUCAGUGAGGACACAACGGAUUCAGAGGAAACGAACACUUAUGAGAGUCAUCUUUUGGUGUGGUUCCUUAAACGCUAUUAUUGUGACUGGAUAACAAACACUUACGUCAAGCCUUUUGUAGUUCUCUUUUACCUUGUUUAUAUUUCCUUUGCCUUAAUGGGCUACCUGCAGGUCAGUGAAGGGUCAGACCUGAGCAACAUCGUAGCGACCGCUACACGGACCAUUGAGUAUACGACUGCCCAGCAGAAGUAUUUCAGUAACUAUAGCCCGGUGAUUGGGUUCUACAUCUAUGAGUCGAUAGAAUACUGGAACACCAGUGUCCAGGAGGACGUGCUGGAGUAUACCAAGGGCUUUGUGAGGAUAUCUUGGUUUGAGAGCUACUUAAAUUACCUUCGGAAACUCAACAUAUCUACUGGAUUGCCCAAGAAAAAUUUCACUGAUAUGUUGAGGAACUCCUUCUUGAAAGCCCCUCAGUUUGCCCAUUUUUCAGAGGAUAUCAUCUUUUCCAAGAAAUACAACAAUGAAGUUGAUGUCGUGGCCUCCAGAAUGUUCCUGGUGGCCAAGACAAUGGAAUCCAAGAGGGAAGAACUUUACGACCUCCUGGAAACCCUGAGGAAGCUCUCUCUCACCUCCAAGGUGAAAUUCAUCGUUUUCAAUCCAUCAUUUGUGUACAUGGAUCGUUAUGCCUCUUCAGUGGGAGCCCCCUUACAAAACUCCUGCAUUAGUGCUUUAUUUCUGCUCUUCUUCUCUGCAUUCCUGGUGGCAGACUCUCUGAUCAAUGUAUGGCUCACUCUAACUGUUGCCUCGGUUGAGUUUGGAGUUAUAGGUUUUAUGACCUUGUGGAAAGUGGAACUAGAUUGUAUUUCUGUGUUGUGCUUGAUUUACGGAAUUAAUUAUACAAUUGACAACUGUGCUCCACUGUUAUCAACCUUUGUCCUGGGCAAAGAGUUCACAAGAACUAAAUGGGUGAAAAAUGCCCUGGAAGUGCAUGGGGUAGCUAUUUUGCAGAGCUACCUCUGCUAUAUUGUUGGUCUGAUUCCUCUUGCAGCUGUGCCUUCAAAUCUGACCCGUACACUGUUCAGGUGCUUGUUUUUAAUAGCAUUAGUCACCUUCUUUCACUGCUUUGCCAUUUUACCUGUGAUAUUGACUUUUCUGCCACCGUCCAAGAAGAAGAGGAAAGAGAAGAAGAAUCCUGAAAACCGUGAGGAAAUAGAGUGUGUUGAAAUGGUGGAUAUGGAUAGCACUCGAGUGGUUGACCAAAUUACAACAGUCUAACUUGUUUGUUUGUUGCUUUUUUACAGUAGGUCUUACUGAGAAAAAAAUAAACCAGUACUGACUCAGUAUCUGGGGAGAGAAAGGGGUUUGGAGGUUUCUCCUCCCCCCUCUAAGCUAAAUCCAGGAAUAUUCAAAAUGAGAAAUUUUAAAAGAAAAUAAAAGAGCCAGGGGAUUGCACCUUGAUCAGCUCCACUAACAGGUAUUACGAGAGAAUUUGCACACCUGUGCAAAGAGGGGAUGAAUUUCAGACGCGUGAAGUAAAAUCUAAUGAGAGAGGUUGGGUUCCUAAGCAGCCUUAUGCAUUGCCUGUGCUGCAGAUACUGCAAUUAUUGUUGCUAAACCCUAUCAGAUUGAAAGGUCAGCUGUCAAGGAUGAAGUAGCACUAAGUAUUUGCUGGAUGUAAAGGCUUUACAAACUUUCUGCAAAGCAAUAACUCAAGUCAGUGAGUCCACUCUUAUAGGUCUUAGCCAUCAUGGUUAAUUUUUCUUUUCUCCCCUAAUCUAAACAUUUAUGCAAGACUGUAUAACAGAUAGCAAACUGUACUGAGAAAGAAGGCAGUACACAGCAACCAAACACUUUCCAAACACUUUUAUGCUAUAAAUCACUUUUUUUUUUUCUAAAAAUAUCCUUAUUUUAAAAUGUAAA